AUGAGGAAUCACAGGACUCAUGGAGAUGGUGUCGUCACAAGUGAUGCAUCACAAGAGGUGGUUCCAAGGUGGAGAGCACCAAUGGAAGGGACGAUCAAUUCGAGGGGUUGCACUCUUUUUUUUCAGAGGGUAUUUCGCUUCACUCUUUCUUACCUUUUCUCUCGAAUCCUCUCUAAACUUGUUAUCAUAAUCACUAGGGUAGACAUGAUUGAUCAAGCACAUCAUCCAAGUGUUUCCCAGAAGCUAGCAGCUGGGAGUCUUCUAGGAUCAAGCAUGUCACAGUUCCAUGCUUGCGAGAAUGGUUUACAGCAACCACACAUGUUUCGUAGGCAUUUCCAUAACCAAACCUACACAAAUGCCGCCUUUCAGCACCCCAUGCACCCGCGAACGCAAUUCCCUAUUGUCCCAAAAUCAUCUUCUAUUUGCGUUCAAGCCCCAUCAGAAAAAGCUCCAAUCGAACGUGUCAAGCUUUUGAUUCAGAAUCAAGAUGAGAUGAUUAAGGCCGGUAGGUUGUCUGAACCAUAUAAAGGCAUUGGUGAUUGUUUUGGUCGAACAAUCAAGGAUGAAGGUUUUGCUUCAUUGUGGAGAGGAAACACAGCUAAUGUCAUUCGUUAUUUCCCAACUCAGGCAUUGAACUUUGCAUUCAAAGAUUACUUUAAGAGGCUUUUCAACUUCAGAAAAGAUAGAGAUGGCUACUGGAAAUGGUUUGCGGAACCCGUUUGGCAAAUGACUCUAAGGCUGCAAAAGAAGGGUGGAGGGAGGCAGUUUAAUGGUUUGGUUGAUGUCUACAAGAAGACAUUAGCAACCGAUGGUAUUGCUGGGCUUUAUCGAGGGUUUACUAUUUCGUGUGUUGGAAUUAUCGUCUAUCGUGGUUUGUACUUUGGGUUGUAUGAUUCUUUGAAGCCCGUCAUUCUCACAGGAAAAUUGCAGGAUAGUUUCUUUGCUAGCUUUGCACUGGGUUGGGUGAUCACAAACGGUGCUGGACUUGCAUCGUAUCCAAUUGACACAGUACGUAGAAGAAUGAUGAUGACAUCUGGUGAAGCAGUCAAGUACAAGGGUUCCAUGGAUGCAUUGACUCAGAUCAUGAAAAACGAGGGCGCAAAGUCUCUAUUUAAGGGUGCUGGUGCCAACAUUCUCCGAGCCAUUGCAGGUGCUGGUGUGCUCUCUGGUUAUGACAAAUUGCAGCUGCUCGUCCUUGGAAAGAAGUACGGAUCAGGUGGUGCUUAAAUGAAGAUAGCUUUUUCUCCUCUAUAUAUGGUGACGAAAAGCUUACGAUUUUUUAAUGAUUUUUUUUUUCCUUUUUUUUUAUUAUAAUAGUCUUAAUAAUAAUGGGUG